GUCAAGAGCCCAGCACUGAGGUCCUAGCCCACAGUCAGUAUCAAAUGUCAAUCAUGGGAGGAACCCUCUGGAACACCCAGCCCACUUGAGUCUUCAGUUGACUCCUGUCCUAGUCAAAAUCUGACUAGCAUUUCAAGAAAGACCCAAGGCAAGAACCACUCAGCUGAGUCCUUCCCAAUUCCCAAGCCACAAAACUGGAUCCUUAAGCAUGUCAGGAAAGCCCAAGCCUCACUACUUCAAUGGAAGAGGGAGAAUGGAAACCGUCCGUUGGCUCUUGGCUGCAGCUGGAGUAGAGUUUGAAGAACAACUUUUUGAAACACGUGAAGAAUUUGAGGAGUUAGUCCAAGGUGGAAAUCUGAUGUACGAGCAAGUGCCCAUGGUUGAAAUUGAUGGAAUGCAUAUGGUGGAAACCAGAGCUAUCCUGAGAUACAUAGCAGCAAAACACAACUUGUAUGGCAGGAUCCUGCAGGAGCAAGCCUGGUCCAAACAGUGCUUCUUAUGCAGAAGAGAACUAAGAUUUUUAGGCUCAUUAGCAGCCAUAUGCAGUGGAGUUCUUGAUAGAGUCACCGAAAAUUCAUUUGUUUAAGUUAUUAUUAUUAAAAUAAUGAAUACAUAUCAAAAGGGAGGAAACAAUAUAAUAAUCCCAAGGUACAUGGUUGCCUUCAAUAAGUAUGAAUUUGUGACCAGUUUCCUUAAUUUUCUGUAAAUUUUUUGUAUUUUGCUGUCAUUAAAAGAAAACCAGCCACUUUCUCAUGAACCUGUGCUUGCCUCCACUAGGAAGCAGUAGCAUAGCACCCAGGAAUAAAUCACAACUCUGACUCAAAGUUUUGUGGGAGGGUAGUCUCUCCCUGGGAAACUGAUUCUGGAAGUGGCUACUGGAAACCACCUCAUUCGUCUCUGGUCACACCUGAUGUAACUCCCAGCCUC